AUGGACUCUCAAUCGGAAGAAUCGCCCUACGAGCGGCGAUUAGUAGAACUGAAAAUUGAAAAAGAAAAAACACAAAAGCGCGCGCAUGCGGAUAAAGAUAAUUUUACCUCAGACUUAACAUGGCCAUGGCUACAGCGGCAUGCCAGAAAAGGGCACCUGGGUAUCCGCAGCGAUAGCACAGAACACUGGAACGAGUUCGGUCUAGUGGCGCGCGAGUCGUUUUCCCGCCACAAUUCGGGACGGUACGCGCUGCCGCGCCGGUUCACACUGCCCACUGGCGGCACUCGGCAAGACUCCGGCGCACGGCCCAGCGCCACCCAUCCCCACCAAGCCACGCCGCGCCAUUCA